AUGGGGCAGGCGGUGAAAGUAUUAAAGCUCUUCAAAUCACUGCACAGGACAAGACAACAAGUUUUUAAAGAUGACACCAGAGCAUUAGAAGCAGCCAGAGUGAAGAUAAAUGAAGAAUUCAAAAGUAAUAAAAGUGAGACUGCUCCUCAGCAAAUAGAAGAGCUCAUGAAAAUAGGUUGUGGUGUUGAGCUGCUGCUCUGGACUCAUGUUGUACAAGGUCUUCACACCGACCACAGUAUGCUGACAUUGGUUCCUAGGAAAGAGCUUCUUAUAGAAAAUGUGCCAUAUUGUGAUGCACCAACUCAGAAGCAAUGAAUUUUCUAGGAUGAGAAAGUCUUACACUUUUAA